GAUAGAGGUAGGGAAGCUGUCCUAAUGGCGGAGAACGUACGGUCGCCUUUUGACUACCGGGAGCCACCGACCCUCGACAGCGACGGCGAUGGGAGCAAACCUCCGCCGCCCCGGGGGCGGGUGUGUGGGAGAAAACGGAAGGGGACGCCAGUGAAGGUGUGUGACCGGGCUUAUGUGACAGAGGAUGAGGAGGAGGAGAGUCUGUCGGAACACAGCUACAGCCCCGGUGAUGGACAGUACCCAGAAGGAGCUGAGGACAGGCUGCCUCCGCCAGGCAGCCCCUACUACCUCGCAGACCCCUCCCAGAUCUGUGUGUCGGAGCUGGGGGAGGAGGGGGCCAGCGGGGUGCGUGGCCCCGUGCUCUUCCACCCUCCGCCCAACUGCAGGAUCCGAGAGGUGCACUGUGGGAGCCAGGUGCGCCUGGUCGUCAUAGCGAUCCGCGACAUUGCCAAGGGGGAGGAGAUCACGGUGGACUACAGCCUGACGGACUGGGGAGAGAACGCCAUGGAGGAAGAGGCGGGCCCACAUCCACUCUCCCUCUCUGUCUCCGACUACCUCACCCCCUCCUGGUCCCUCUCUCCCUCCUCCUCUCCGCUCACCCACUCUGAACCCAGCGACUCCGACCGCGAGGAGGACGAGGAGGAGGAGGAGGACGACGACGACGAUGACGACGAGGAGGAGGAGCUGGAGGAGAUGAGGGGGCGCAUGCACCUCCGCCGCCGCAAGAAACGCAAGCUGGCCACCGCCGUCCCCGCCAAGAAGAAGAGCCCGGCGAACCCCAGAGGCCCCGGGCGCCCCUGCUCGUCCUUCACCCGCCCGGCCCCCGCCGCGGCCCCCGUCGCCGCCUCCCGGCCCCAACCCCCCGCCGUCGUCGCCCCCCCCGCCGCCCUGGCCCCGCCCACCACCAACAUCAACAACAACAUCAACAUCAACAUCGGCAGCUCCAGCGCCGCCACGGUGAGCCGGCGGCAGCACUGCCCCUACUGCGGCCGCCACUACCGCUCCCUGGCCCGCCACCUGGAGAAGCACCACGCCAACCAGCCGGAGGUCAGGGCGGCUAUGGAGCUGGCGCACCUCCACACGCACACCUCCGCCUCGGCUCAUCCGCACCCCUCCCCCUCCUCCGCCCCCACCCCUGCCGCCGCCGCCAACCACGGCCACUCCUUCGCCGUGCCCCAGCCUUCCUCCUCCGCCCCGCCCCCCGCCCCUCCCCCCCUCUUCUCCCGGGAGAGAGAGAGGGACUCGCCGGCCGCUCGUGCCGGCGCCGUCUCCUUCUCGCUGUCGCUCUCCCCGCCUUCCGCCGCUCCGGCCGCCGCCUCCAAGAAAGGCACCGGCCCGCCGCCGCCCAAGCGAGCCGCCUCCUCCUCCGCCGCCACCGCCGCGGCGGCGCCGAGGGUGAAGAGCCCUUCCCCCCCGCCCCCGCCCAGGAGGGGCCGCAGGAUGAAGAAGGAGAAGGAGGAGCAGCCGCCACCGCCGCCGCCGCCGCAGCAGAAAGAGGAGGAGAAGGAAGAGAUGGCUCCUCCUCCAACCCCUGACCCUGAAGUGGAACCGGACGAGGAGGAGCUGGAGCUGAGCGGAGGAGAGGGGGAGGAAGGCGAGGAGAGUCACGAGGACAAGAAUGGAGAGAUGGCGAGCUCCCACAGACACCACAUGCCCCCGCUCCUCUCCUCUCUCUCCUGCCUGGUUCUCUACCUCCGCCGGCAGCAGCACUCCUCCUUCCUGUCCCUGACUCGCUCCUCCAGCUCGGCCGAGGCCUGGCGCCUGCUCUGCCACUCCAGCCUGGCGCUCCUCAUCCUCUACAACCGCCACCGCGAGUGCGAGGUAGCCAAGCUCACCAUCCAGGACUACCGCAAGCGCGCCACCCCCCAGACCUCCGGCUCUGGCCAGGCCAACUCCUCCGGCGGCCCCCCCACAGGCCUGGAGGUCCACCUCUCCCCCUUCGAGCGCCAGGUGCUCUGCCACCUCCCGCGCGCCGGAGUCCUGGGCAAGCGCGGCCGCAUCCAGCCCCUCAUCCUCCCCCCGCACUGCGAGCCCUGCCUGGACCUCCUCCUCCACACCAGUCCCAACGUGGGCGUGGACCCCCACAGCCCCUACAUCUUCUCCCGGCCCUACCACUCCCCCGCCACUCCCCUCCGGGGCACCGACAUGCUGCGCAACAUGGCGCGGGCCAGCGGCGCCAAGAACCCCGCGGCGCUGACCCAGACGCGGGCGCGGCGCCAGGUGGCCAUCCUCACCCAGCUGCUGCUCCUGGAGGAGGGGGAGGGCCAGGGCCCGCCGGGGGGCGCCGCCGCCAAGCGCCUGGAGGACUUCCUGCAGGCCGAGUACCACGUGACGCAGACCUGCGCCACGAUAGGCCGCGACCCGGCGCUGAUGGGGCGCGUGGGCCGGGUGGUGCUGUACGGGGAGAGGGAGGGCGUGCUGUUCAGGGGGAUGAGCCUGCAGCACAUAUGUCUGGAGCUGGACGUGAUGUCCGGCAACUCUGCCGACUCCUUCUCGGACGACUCGGAGGGGGAGGCCGAGAAGGAGGCGAAGGAGAAGACGGAGGUGGUGAAGAAGAAGGGGCCGGGCCGCCCCCCCCGGAAGAGGAGAGGCCCCCCUCCCUCGUCUGUCAACCCUUCACUACCAGGAGCCCACAAGAGGAGGAGCGUCCAGCCCAAGUCAGGGAAGCGCGGCGUGCUGAAACGCCCCUGGUCAGAGGCGGAGCGCGUGGCCGUGGAGACGCACCUGAACAGGAACAUCGUGGAGCUGCGCGUCCCGGCCAAGGCCGACUGCGAGCGCUGCCUGCAGCUCUGCCCCCUGCUGGUCAGCAACCAGCGGGACUGGAGAGCCAUCAAGUUCUACUGCCACAACCGCAUUCAGCUGCUGAAGAAGCAGGGCAGGAGGGAGAGUGCUGGACAGGGGGGCGCUGCCUGCUAGAGAGCCAGGCAGAGACUUGGGGGGGCGGGGGGAACUGGAAUGGGGCAGGUCAGGAAUCGAUGACAUGAAAGACCCACAUCUACAGUAUCCAGAUCAGACCCAGUGCUGGACCUUGGGAGAGAUGACGCGUGUGGACUUUCUCUGAAAGGACUUAUUCCGUUAAUUUAUCAGACACAAAUGCAGUAUUGUGCAGUUAUGUAGGGGAGGGAAAUUCAGUUGAAGUGUUUGUAGGCUUUGGAAAACCCUGGUGCUUCGUGUUAGGCCACUUUGUCCCAUGUUUAGAAUCAAACUAAACUCUCUUAAGCGAUUGGGAAGAGAAGACGGUGAGUGCUGGAGUGAAGAUGAGCGUCGACCUCGACCUGAAAGAUGAAGACCAAAUGUCAGUGUUUUACGUGGCUGUGUGUACAAAGAUAGAAGGAGACCCUAAACAUCCCUGUAGUAUUAGCCCGGGUGUCAUUUAGUGACACACCUUUUGAACUGUACAGUUUCUGUGUUGGAUAUUGAUAACUGACUGGCGUGUUACCCUAACCAUCACCGUCAUGGCUGACUGUAUUCAAGUGUAUUGACCGAAGUAUUCAGACCAUGACGCCCUGUGAACUGAUUCACACACAUACCUCUGUACCAUGGUUGUAGUCAAACUAGUAUGAAAUAAGGCACGCAUACUUGAACUUGUUUCUUUUUUAUUAUUAUUCUUUUACAAACAACAUAUGGUCUUAUUGGUUACAUUGUACAUACUUACUAAUCAGCUUUGACAUUUUAAACAAAAUAGUGGUUAUAAAGUUGAUAUUGUGCUAUUGGUGUACAUAUUGUAAAUAGUACUUAUUAAAGUGUACAACAUU